ACUCUGAAUCCAAAAGAUUAUUAUUUUUUUAAAAGCCCAGUUCUUUCAGUCACCGGAACGGGGCUACGAAAUCACUCAACUGGGCAUAAGCAAAGGAGAUUCCUUUUUUGGGGGGGAAGGGGGGCAGUUUCCCAUCGAGAUAAAUCUAUCGGAUUAGUAGGAUUAUCUGAUUGCAGCUGAAAGAAGUAACGCUGUUUGAUCAUUUGUAUUUCUUGCCUGAUGGUCGGAUUUAAAUGGAGGUGGCUCUGGGUUCGGAUGCUUCUGGAUCGUUGGGGCAUCUGGAAGGGAAGAACCACCGAUCGAUACGGUUCGGAAGUGUCCGGGGGUGAUUUUUUGGAAAAAGGAAAGGAAAAGAAAAUGACACCCCGAGGUUGCGGCUGCUAAAAAAAAAAAAAAAAAGGGAAUAACGGAGCACGAAACCACGGGUGGCUGGCAUCGCAAAAAGCCUUCUGUGAACUGGAUAUAGACCUGCAGUUAACUGGAUUUGAUUUACCAGAAGGGAAUCUGUGGUAAAUGGCCACUCUCGUUAUACUGUUGCCAUGGAAAACCAAAUGGUCAGUAACAGGAAGCCUGAUAAAUAGUGCUGAGUCAAGAUGCCACUUCAGUAAACGCGAAAUCCAUGAAGAUACCUGCUGAGAAAAAAGCCUUUUUGAGAUUUCCCAGCCUGGCGCUCCUUUAGGAAAUCUGAUCUGUUCUCUUCAGUGGCCCAGGUUUUCUCGUGUGGAUACAAAUACAAUUGCUUCACUGUAACUCUCCAACUGAUGUGGAACCAUGGCAUGGCCAAGAUCCAUGUGGCUGAACUGCUACUGGAGAGCCAUUUCGGUUGGCCGGGCCCACACAGGAUUGGAAGUCGCUUUUGCUGCCUGUGUGCUGGGAUUCCUGUUCCAGGCUGCAGCUGUGUCCUCCCAAAAAUUGGAUGAUGUUGACCCACUGGUGACUACCAACUUUGGCAAAAUAAGAGGGAUGAAGAAGGAACUCAAUAAUGAAAUUUUGGGGCCUGUUAUUCAGUUCCUUGGCAUCCCUUACGCAGCCCCUCCCCUGGGAGAGCAUCGAUUUCAGCCUCCUGAACCUCCGUCGCCCUGGUCCGAUGUGAAAAAUGCCACCCAUUUUGCUCCGGUGUGUCCUCAGAACGUCAUAGAUGGCAGGCUGCCCGAAGUCAUGCUUCCCGUGUGGUUUACUAAUAACUUGGAUGUAGUUUCCUCCUAUGUUCAAGAUCAGAGUGAAGACUGCCUCUAUUUAAAUAUAUAUGUCCCAACUGAGGAUGUAAAAAGAAUAUCCAAGGAAUGUGCCAGAAAACCCGGCAAGAAAAUUUGUAGAAAAGGAGGUCCCCUUACAAAGAAACAGACAGAUGAUUUAGGUGAUAAUGACGGUGCUGAAGAUGAAGACAUUCGGGACAGUGGGGGUCCCAAACCAGUGAUGGUGUACAUUCAUGGUGGGUCAUACAUGGAAGGCACUGGAAAUUUAUAUGAUGGCAGUGUCCUGGCAAGUUAUGGCAAUGUGAUAGUCAUCACAGUCAACUACCGACUUGGGGUACUUGGGUUCUUGAGUACCGGAGAUCAGGCUGCCAAAGGAAAUUAUGGGCUCCUUGACUUAAUACAGGCUUUAAGAUGGACUAGUGAGAACAUUGGGUUCUUCGGCGGUGACCCAUUAAGAAUCACUGUUUUUGGAUCCGGUGCUGGUGGUUCCUGUGUCAAUCUGCUGACCUUAUCCCAUUAUUCUGAAGGUAACCGUUGGAGCAAUUCAACCAAAGGACUUUUUCAGAGAGCUAUAGCUCAAAGUGGAACAGCUCUUUCCAGCUGGGCUGUGAGUUUCCAGCCUGCGAAAUAUGCCAGGAUGUUGGCUACAAAAGUUGGUUGCAACAUGUCAGAUACUGUAGAGUUAGUAGACUGUCUACAGAAGAAGCCUUACAAAGAACUUAUUGACCAAGAUAUUCAACCAGCGCGAUACCAUAUAGCCUUUGGACCUGUAAUUGAUGGUGAUGUAAUACCCGAUGAUCCUCAGAUAUUAAUGGAACAAGGGGAAUUUCUCAACUAUGACAUAAUGUUGGGUGUUAACCAAGGGGAAGGGUUGAAAUUCGUGGAAAACAUAGUUGACAGUGAAGAUGGCAUAUCAGCUAGUGAUUUUGACUUUGCAGUUUCCAAUUUUGUUGAUAACUUAUAUGGAUACCCUGAAGGCAAAGAUAUUCUGAGGGAAACAAUCAAAUUUAUGUAUACUGAUUGGGCAGAUCGUCAUAACCCUGAAACCAGAAGGAAGACAUUAUUGGCUUUGUUUACGGACCAUCAGUGGGUGGCCCCUGCCGUGGCUACUGCAGAUCUUCACUCAAACUUUGGUUCACCGACAUACUUCUAUGCCUUUUACCAUCAUUGCCAAACAGAUCAGGUACCUGCUUGGGCUGAUGCGGCUCAUGGAGACGAGGUUCCUUAUGUGUUAGGAAUCCCCAUGAUUGGUCCUACAGAAUUGUUUCCCUGUAAUUUCUCCAAAAAUGACGUGAUGUUGAGCGCAGUAGUGAUGACAUACUGGACUAAUUUUGCUAAAACGGGUGAUCCAAAUCAGCCUGUCCCUCAAGACACAAAAUUCAUCCACACAAAACCGAACCGUUUUGAAGAGGUAGCAUGGACCAGAUAUUCCCAGAAAGAUCAACUGUACCUCCAUAUUGGAUUAAAACCAAGAGUAAAAGAACAUUACAGGGCCAAUAAGGUGAACCUUUGGUUGGAACUGGUACCUCAUCUGCACAAUCUCAAUGACAUUUCUCAGUAUACCUCUACGACAACUAAAGUGCCAUCAACAGAUAUUACUUUCAGACCUACAAGGAAAAACUCUGUCCCUGUAACUUCAGCCUUUCCUACAACCAAGCAAGACGAUCCCAAACAGCAACCAAGUCCAUUUUCAGUGGAUCAGAGGGACUAUUCCACCGAAUUGAGUGUUACUAUUGCAGUGGGAGCAUCUUUGCUGUUUCUGAACAUUUUAGCCUUUGCAGCAUUGUACUAUAAAAAGGACAAGAGGAGACAUGAUGUUCAUAGGAGGUGUAGCCCACAGCGUGCGACUACCAAUGAUCUUACCCAUGCACAAGAAGAGGAGAUAAUGUCCCUCCAAAUGAAGCACACUGACUUGGAUCAUGAAUGUGAGUCCAUCCAUCCACACGAGGUGGUUCUUCGGACCGCCUGUCCCCCAGACUACACACUAGCUAUGAGGAGGUCCCCUGAUGAUAUUCCUUUAAUGACACCCAACACCAUUACAAUGAUUCCCAACACUAUACCAGGGAUUCAGCCCUUACACACAUUCAACACAUUUACUGGAGGACAGAAUAACACUCUGCCCCACCCUCACCCCCACCCCCAUUCACAUUCAACAACCAGGGUAUAGCCAGACAAGAUGAAACAAACUCUAUUUUUUGAUGGAUUACAGUCAGUGAUAUUACUGAAGAUUACUUGGCUUUCAACCUACAAGACUUACUAUUUAAAUAAGGAGGAAUACUAUGUGAAUAUACAUAUCAAGAACUUUUGGGGUUUUGAAAAAUGAAUUGUAAAUAUACGAGUGAACUUGAAACAAAACUGAUCUUAAUUGCUUGAAGCAGUUGUUCUGAAUGAUACUUUUUCAUUCACAUUCAAGUAUUACUUUUUUGAAGAUUUAAGUUACAUAAUGGAAUUAGGCAUGUGCAACACCAAACAGGAAAGACCUAUGACUGAAAUUCAAAACAACAAAAUAUAUAUAAAUAUGCACAAGGGACACACUAAUGGAAUGUAAAACUGUCACCAGUUUUAAUUUGGAACUGUUUUAUUGUCUAGACCAUAUUUACAUGUUGGAAUAAAUACACAAAGCACCAAUGCUGUUAAAGCCUUAGUAGGGGCUUAUGCUGAAAUCUGCCAGUAAGACAAAGAAAUCCAAACCCUGGCAGAUUCAACAUUAUCACAUAAGUGCUGUCAGUAUAAAGUUGUGGGGGCAAAGGAAACUGGAUAUUUUUAGCACGAUGUGCAUGAUAAUUUUAUAUGCUUGGUGGCUGUGCUGCUGAUUGACGUAAUUAAAAUUCUUCUCAUCCCAUUGGAGUUUUUAAUAGAAGCUUCCUUCAUCAAUUGGCAGAAACUAAAGAAGAUUUUCAAGGGUCAAAAGUAAUUACAAUAAAAUAAUUCGCAGUAACUUGGAUAAUAGCAAGAAUUAGUUAGUAAGGGUACUUGAUGAUAUUGUAGGUAGAGCAGUGAACACUCGCUGUUGCAAAUCCCAGAGAAAAGUCUUUCUGUGUUUUCAAUGUUCUUUUUCAUUUCCAUAUAAAUAAUUUAUAGAACUAUAACCGCAAUGGAACUUGUGCUGAAAGAUCUAUAAUUUGCUGUGGUUUAGUUACACUGUAUUUAGGUCAUAUUGGUAAGGUGAAGUGUGUCCAAAGAUUUAUUUUAACAAGAUAAAGGUGCCCCGGUAUUACCACUCUGAUUACAGCUCUCAAUUAUUGAUUUACUCAUGAUGCAUGUCAAAAUGUUUACUAAUACUAUUUCAAUAUAAAACUCAUUUCCCUCCUCACAUUGCAUCUCCUUACCACUGAACUUCAUUCACCAGAAUUUACUAAUGAGAUCUACAUAGAGAAUGAUGUAAAUGGGGAAGUGAUAAGGGAAGUUGACAACUGGAAAUUUUUAGUCUUACAUGUAUGUGUGAUUUUAAAUGAAUGUUCUAAAAUCACAAGAAAUUCUUCAUUCCCCUGUUGUUUACCAGUAACAGUAUAUCACAGACCUUUCCAAAUGUUUGUAUAUGUAAUCAGAUGUACAUUUAUAUAUAAAAAAAUUGAGAUGGACUUAAGAGCACAUCCCUGAUAAAUA